GUCCUGCAGAAGAUCCUGAGACAGCACGUGGCUCUCACAGACUCUGCCCAAAGGCACCAUGAAGGUCUCUGCGGCUGCCCUCACAGUGGUCCUCACUGCUGCUGCCUUCUACGCUCCUGCAUCUGCCUCCCCAUAUGCCUCGGACACCACACCCUGCUGCUUUGCGUACAUCUCCCGCCCACUGCCCCGUGCUCACCUCAAGGAGUAUUUCUAUACCAGUGGCAAGUGCUCCAACCCAGCAGUCGUCUUUGUCACCCGAAAGAACCGCCAGGUAUGUGCCAACCCAGAGAAGAAAUGGGUUCGGGAGUACAUCAACUCUUUGGAGAUGAGCUAGGAUGGAGGACACCUUGAAGUUAAACUUGCACAAACUCUUCUGUUGCUGCUUGCUCUUGCCCUAACCAGCUUUGGAGGCUUCCUCCCAAUCCCCUACCCUCACCUCCUCCUUGGAGGGCACAGCAGCAGUUAUAAAAGCCUCCUCCAGGCUGGCAGUGGUGGCUCAUGCCUGUAAUCCCAGCACUUUGGGAGGC